AUGAACGAUAUUUACGCGAAGCGCUUGGCGCAGACGACGAUGUUUCAUCAGCUGAUGCGCAGCCACGGCACACUGUGGGCAGCGACGCAGGUGACAAAAGAAAAGCUCGACUUGGAUUUUGUGAAGGAGGAGAUGAUGCGCGUCAACGGUCGCCGUUCGAUGCCGCUGCUCGUCGAUGCCGCUGCGAAGGAAAACCUCGCCGAAACUCACCUUGUUCACCUGACGGAGCACUGUGCAUGGGCCGAGUCCGCUCGCGCCUUCGCCGUGCAGCGGCAGACCCCGCUAACACAGCACAUCGCCUCCAUGGGACGCAUGGCGGAGACCAUCACGCAGGCCAAAAAUGCGUCGACGAGUCAACUCCUGUUUAGCGAGCACAUGGCCCGCAUUGACGGAAUUAGUGAAUUCGAGGAGGAGCCGCUCUUGGAGGACGAGGAAGACAGUUGA